AUGGCCAAUAUUCAGCUCGGGGAAGCCCUCGCCUCGAACGAACUCGACUUGGUGCCCACUUCGAGUGGUCGCGCAUUGCGAUCCAACGGAAUCAAGAGAGAGUCAAGAAACUCCACAAUGUCUCCUGGAGAGAACGAAACCGGAGCGAGCAAGGGUUCUGCCACCCCCGAUGAACCCCAACCGCCAAGACUCUCUCGCAAGGCUUCGCAAAAACCUUUGAAGCGAGAGCCAAAGCUAUUCGACGACCUACCAGACGCGACUGAAGAGGCGUGUAAUUCCUUCAAGGUGAUUGCCGACUGUCUCUAUGGCUCGAAAAAUAUGGGCUCGACGGAUAAUGAUGCGCUCGAUUGCGACUGCAAAGAAGAUUGGCAUGAUGGCGUCAACUACGCCUGCGGUGAAGACUGUAUCAACCGCGCGACCCGUGUCGAGUGCGUCAUUGGCGCAUCGGGAAGUUGCGGUGAUAGUUGUCAGAACCAGCGGUUUCAGCGAAAGCAGUACGCAAACGUGUCCGUCAUUAAGACCGAAAAGAAGGGCUAUGGUCUACGCUCGAAUACCGAUCUCGACGCAAACGAUUUUGUCUUCGAAUAUGUUGGUGAGGUCAUCAACGAGCCCACCUUCCGGAGACGAAUGCUUCAAUAUGACGAGGAGGGAAUCAAGCACUUCUACUUCAUGUCUCUGACGAAAGGCGAAUUCGUCGACGCGACCAAGAAAGGCAACCUCGGCCGUUUUUGCAACCACUCGUGCAAUCCCAACUGCUACGUUGACAAGUGGGUCGUUGGCGACAAGUUACGGAUGGGCAUCUUUGUCUUGCGCAAGAUCCACGCUGGCGAGGAAUUGACGUUCAACUACAAUGUCGACCGGUACGGCGCGGAUCCUCAGCCUUGUUAUUGUGCAGAACCUGGAUGUGUUGGCUUCAUUGGAGGCAAGACCCAGACCGAGCGGGCUACGAAGCUCCCCAUUCUAGUCCUAGAAGCCCUCGGCAUUGAGGACGGUGACGGCUGGGAUACAACCGUUGCGAAGAAGCCUCGGCGGAAGCGACCCGACGAGGACGACGAAGAAUAUGUUAACAGCAUACAAGCUCGUAGCCUCGACGAGGAUGGCGCCCGAAAGGUCAUGGCUGCGCUUAUGCAGUGCAAGGAGAAAUGGAUUGCCAUCAAGCUCCUGGAACGUAUCCAAAAGUGCGACGAUAACUACGUCCUGAGCCUCGUCAUGAGGAUGCACGCCUACCAGAUCAUGAAGACGAUGAUCAGCUCGUUUAGUGAGGAUGAUAAUGUCAUCCUACAGGUGCUUGACGUCUUGAACAGGAUGCCGAGGCUCACCAAGAACAAGAUCGUCGACUCUAAUAUUGAAGCAACCAUCCAAGGACUCCAGACUUCCCAAAAUGAGGAUAUUUCAGCCACCGCCACGAGGCUUCUAGACGAUUGGGGGAAACUCCAAGUGGCCUACCGUAUUAAGAGGAAGAAGGUCGAUCCUAAUGCCCAAACUACCUCCGCCGCAGAAGCCCUCCGUGAUGCUGUUGUCGGCGAUGAUCGCGACACGGGAACGUCUACACCGGCUAGCAAACCCGUCUCGCCGCUACCCUCUAAUAUCGACAUUCCCAAGGGACCUAAGAACAGCAUGCCUCAGCGCAACCCUCACGGUCCUCGGGGAGGUGGCGGCCGGCGCCACCAGCCUUUCCCCCGCCACGGUGGUGGUGGUAAUCGGCAGCCCAAGUUCGGCCACGAGAACGAGACCCCGCUACCGGAGGGUUGGUUCGUGGCUGUCGACCAGAAGCGUCAAGUUUAUUACUACAACAAACACGGCCAGACGACUUGGCAGCGACCUGCGCCUCCCAAGCAACCUACGCAAGCAGAGAAGAAUGCUCAGAUCAUCCAAAAGAUUAUCGACGACGUGGCGAAUGAGCAGCGCAGGCUGGCUCUCGCUGCUGCCGAAGCGCCCGCUUCUUCUACUCAGACGCCUCCCGAAUCUUCCGAAACGCCCCUGCUUGACGCUCCAACGGAGAAAUGGCGGCAGUUGCCGAUCGAGAAGCAGAUGAAGAUUUACGAAAAUACAAUAUUCCCUCAUAUCAAAUAUGUUUUAGACAAGUUCCGGCAUAAGCUUCCUCGUGAUCAACUCAAGAGAUUCGCCAAAGAGCUUAACAAGAAAUUAGUUGCAUCCGACUAUAAGAAUAAUCGCGUUCAAGACCCCACAGCUACUCUUAGCGAUAAGCAAUCAAAGAAGGUCAAGUCUUAUGUCAAAGACUUCCUUGACAGGGCCGUCGUUAAAUACAGGGAGCACGAGAAGAAAAAGGCAGCCCGCGAAGGCGCCAAGCCGGCGACGAACGGCGACCACGCUAGCAGCGUGCCAGAACCGCCAGCCCUAGCCACGCCCAAUGGAGUCCUUUCCAAAGAGGAUUCCUUGAUGGCUGAUAUAACCCCUGGAGGCAGCUCGAGCCCCGAAGAGGCCGCCGCAUCCCAGACGCCUAGUAGCCCGAGCCUGAAGCGCAAGCGGGUUGAAGAGGAGGAGCCUCUAGUUAUCACACCAGUAGAUGACCAUCACGAGCCUGUAUCAAAGCGCGUGAAGGAGUUGGAUGGCGUAGAAGAAAUGGAGGUGACCACCACCACCACUCCUCCUCCGCCUCCCCCGCCUCCCCCGCCACCUGAAGAAGAGGAUGGUGAGCCGGCGGAGGCCCUAAUGACUGAAGAAGAGCGAGACCUCCGCGCCCAGGAAGAAGCCUUGAUUAGGGAGAACGAGGAAGCUCAGCGGCUGGAGGACGAGGCUCGCGAUGCUGCGGCGCGUACGGAGGCGAUGAGUGAGCCUGUUUCGGUGCAGUAA